UCUCCCACUCGUUCACAUUUUCCAUCUUCGUCUUCUUCUUCUUCUUCUUCAUAGCUCGUUUUCUCUCUCUGAAAACCCUAACCUUUUUCCUUCUUCAAUUUUUUUGCUUCCGAUUUUUCCGGCGGUAAAUGAAUUGGCAGAGAGGCGUGUGGAUAGUGGUGGCCGUGGCGGUGCUGAGCUUAAGCCUGAGCUCGGCCGGAGAUAUAGUUCACCAUGACGAUAUUGCUCCGAAACGGCCUGGUUGCGAAAACGACUUCGUUUUGGUAAAGGUCCCGACUUGGAUCGAUGGUGUAGAAGCCAAUGAGUAUGUUGGUGUUGGGGCUCGAUUUGGACCUACCCUGGAAUCAAAGGAAAAGCGUGCCAAUCAUACUAGAGUGGUUCUGGCAGACCCCCCUGAUUGUUGUACCAAACCCAAGAAUAAGCUUGCACAUGAUGUCAUUUUGGUACACCGAGGAAAUUGCAGUUUCACCACCAAGGCGAACAUGGCUGAAUCUGCUAAUGCUUCAGCCAUCCUCAUCAUAAAUAACCGUCCAGAACUUUUCAAGAUGGUUUGUGAAGAUGACGAGCCUGAUAUCGAGAUAGGCAUACCUGCUGUUAUGCUUCCCAAUAAAAUUGGUGAAAUCUUGGAAAAUGUUUUAACAAACCAUUCCACAGUUUCUGUGCAGCUGUACUCUCCAUUGCGUCCACUGGUUGACAUUGCAGAAGUAUUUUUAUGGCUUAUGGCUGUUGGUACCAUCAUAUUUGCUUCUUAUUGGUCUGCAUGGACUGCAAGAGAAGCAUCUAUUGAGCAUGACAAGCUAUUGAAGGAUGCUUCUGAUGAGUCUUCACAUAUGGAAGGUGAAGGUGAAGGUGGUAGUCCUUUAGUGGAGAUUAGCACCAUGGCGGCAAUUCUCUUUGUUGUGAUUGCUUCAUGCUUUUUGGUUAUGUUUUACAAACUUAUGUCCUUCUGGUUCAUCGAGAUUCUGGUGGUUUUGUUUUGCAUUGGUGGGAUAGAGGGCCUACAGACUUGCUUGGUGGCUUUGUUAUCAUGUUUCAGACGGUUUAAACAUGCUGGAGAAUCAUAUGUUAAGGUGCCCUUCUUUGGAGCCGUUUCAUAUUUGACACUAGCUGUCGCUCCCUUCUGCAUAGCAUUUGCUGUUGUUUGGGCAGUGUAUCGUCGUGUGUCAUUUGCUUGGAUUGGCCAAGAUAUCCUUGGUAUUGCACUGAUAAUUACCGUUCUUCAGAUUAUUCGCGUACCGAAUCUCAAGGUUGGAACAGUUCUUCUCGGUUGUGCCUUUUUUUAUGAUAUCUUCUGGGUAUUUGUUUCUAAAUGGUGGUUCCAUGAGAGUGUCAUGAUAGUGGUGGCUCGUGGGGAUAAAAGUGGAGAGGAUGGUAUCCCAAUGCUACUAAAAAUCCCACGGAUGUUUGAUCCUUGGGGUGGCUACAGCAUCAUCGGGUUUGGUGAUAUUAUCUUACCUGGAUUGGUUGUGGCCUUUUCACUGAGGUAUGAUUGGUUAACAAAUAAGACUCUUCGAACGGGUUACUUUGUGUGGGCAAUGACAGCUUAUGGUGCAGGUCUCCUGGUCACCUAUGUGGCUUUGAACCUGAUGGAUGGACAUGGCCAACCCGCUUUGUUAUACAUUGUUCCAUUCACACUUGGUACCUUUUUAACCUUGGGACAGAUGAGAGGUGACCUCAAAGUUCUGUGGACAAGAGGAGAACCAGAGAGGCCUUGCCCGCACGUACGACUCCAAUCCUCUCACACUCAAUAAAAGAAUCGGGAUAAAGUAAUUGUGUGAUAGUUGGUUAGUAUACUAGUUAGUAACUCAGAAACUCUUUACAUGUCAAGGCUGUAGGAGAGACCAUAAUACGAUUAGGGAAUUGUUACUAAGAUGAUAUUUAUAAAUCAGUUGAUAUAAAAACGAGACGUUUACAACACCCAACAUGGAUACCCCAAUAGCUCCA